CGUCAGGCUGGAGACGAAGCUUCGGCAGCUGAUGCCCCUUUGCGAUGCUGAAGAUGCGGGCGGAUGGGAGAGAGUCGCCCCCCGAGAGGGGUCUCUUCAAGGAUGCCGCCUUCCCCGCCUGUGAUGCUUCCCUCUUCUGCACCUUUUCCACUCCCCUGGCACAGUUCCGAGAAGAUAUCACCUGGCUUCGACCACAGGAAAUUUGUUCCACUCCUCGAUUGUUCCCAAAUAACCCACAGGAAGGCCAGAUAAAGCAAGGGAUUCUGGGAGACUGCUGGUUCCUCUGUGCCUGUGCAGCUCUCCAGAAGAGCAAGCAUCUCCUUGAUCAGGUGAUUCCACCAGGACAAGCCAGCUGGCCAGAUCUAGCAUAUCGUGGGUGUUUUACCUGUCGGGUGUGGCAGUUUGGACAGUGGGUGGAGGUGACCGUGGAUGACCGCCUACCUUGUCUUGGGGGGCGACUGUGCUUUUCCCAGUGUCAGACAGAAGAUGUGUUCUGGCUCCCCUUGCUGGAGAAGGUGUACGCCAAGGUGUAUGGAUCCUAUGAACACCUGUGGGCAGGGCAGGUGGCGGAUGCCUUGGUGGAUCUAACCGGAGGUCUGGCGGAAAGAUGGAGCCUGAAGGACUCUGGAAGAGACGGGGACAAGCCAAGUGCUAACAGCAGCUUGGAGCAGAGGACCUUCCGGAAGCUGCUGCACCUCAAGGACCGGUGUGUGAUAAGCUGCUCAGUGCUCAGCUCCAGGGAAGGUGCCAGUGAAUUAGGGGAGUUUCAUGCCUUCAUCAUCUCAGACAUGCGGGAGCUCCACAGCAGUUCAGGCAGGGAGGUGCUGUUGCUCCGGAUUCUGAACCCGUGGGGUCGGCGGUGCUGGCGAGGGCCCUGGAGAGAGGAGGGUGAAGGGUGGAACCAAUUAGAUCCAGCAGAUGCUUCAGAACUCUUGUCCCAGCUCCAGGAAGGGGAAUUUUGGAUUGAAGAGGAGGAAUUUAUCAGGGAGUUUGAUGAGAUCACCAUCAACUACCCAAUUACAGAGGAAGGCCACCUGCAGAGCCUCUAUACUGCAAAGGUGUUCCGUCACACUCAGAAGCUGCCUGGGGCCUGGAUCAAAGGGCGCUCUGCUGGAGGUUGCCGUAACAACAGCAGCUUCCCUAGCAACCCCAAAUUCUGGCUGAGGGUCUUGGAACCAAGUGAGGUGUGCAUUGCCCUCCUGCAGAGACCCCGGAUGUGCCAGGCCGACUGGGCGGGCAGGCUUCUGGCCCCACCUCCAGGCAGAGGCAGCGGACUAGCCCUGAGCCCACAGGGCCUCCCAGGGAAGGAUUACCAAGCAGUGGGACUGCACGUGUGGAAGGUGGAGAAGAAGCGGGUCAAUCUGCCAGGGGUCCUGUCUGCCCCACCUGUGGUGGGCACAGCCUGCCACACUUAUGACCGGGAGGUCCACCUGCGCUGCACCCUCUCUCCUGGUUACUACUUGGUGGUCCCCAGUACCUUCCUGAAGGACGCUGCUGGGCACUUCCUGCUGCGAGUGUUUUCCAGUGGCAAGAUAUCUCUCAGUGAAAUCAAGCCAGCCUCUGGUAGCGCCUCCCCCUGUGAAGACUUUCCUGCUGGGGAAUGGGAGACCGUGCAGCUGAAGGGCUGCUGGAGAAGUGGGCACACUGCGGGGGGCAGCAGGAACUUUCCAUCGUAUCCCAGCAAUCCCUGCUUCCCUCUCUCUGUCCCUCUGGGCACGGGCCCCCGCAGCAUCCGAGUCACGUUGCGCCAGCACUGCCAGAACACUGAGUUUCACCCAAUUGGCUUCCACAUCUUCCAGAUGCCAGAGGGUGGCUGGCCUCGGGGGGCUUCCUCCCUGCUCCAGCUCGAGCCCUUGCUCAGCUGUGUGCCUCAUCGCUAUGCACAGGAAGUAAGCCACCUGUGUCGACUCUCUACGGGCAACUACAAGAUCGUGCCCUCCACCUACAUGCCUGAUACAGAAGGAGACUUCACCAUCAUCAUAGCAACCCAGAUAGACAGGAGGCCUAUUCGGAGCCAGGAGACAUUGGGGCAGCUCCUACAGGAGGUCUCCUUCACAGCAGUGAUGAAAAAGUAACUGGAAAUGUCCCAAGUGAGAGCAUUCAGGUAAUGAACAUUGAGGCCCCUUGAGGUGGCCCAGACUGCUCUCUGCCACAGCCAUGGGCUGACCAGAAUUAUCCUGGACCCAGGCCUUCUCAUGGCAGUGUUAGGCCCAGUCUCCUGCUGCCCUUCCUCAGGAGAAGCACCCGCUCCCAGGUGCCCCACAACUGGACCCACUCACAGUCUAUCUACCUCAUCUCCUCAGCUCCAUGUUGCUGAUUUUACAAGACGUUGACUUUAUAGAAACCUCAUUGCACUUGACUGUGAAAAGGUGACAAGUGACGUAGCCUCUCAUAGAAAAACCUCAGGUUUGUGGGAAAGUUCCUCCCCUACCCCGCCCAAAGGUGCCAGGGUUCAGGACUUGAGCUCACUGCCCGAGGCAGGAAAGUCACUGGGAACUUGGGGAGAAUCUUGGAUUGAGAAUUGGAUCUGUUCACCGAUGAUGCGAUUUAGUGCUGGAAAGGACCUUAGAGAAGUCAUUGUACAAAUGAGAAAACCAACUCAUUAGUCUCAUAAGUAAUGAAGCCCCACAUCCCAUACUCCUUUCACUGCCCUCUCCUAUAACGGGUAAAGGAAGCAGAAGGGCUUAGGGUUAGGCCAAGGAUGGCCCCCGAUCACGGCAGCCCAGACUGAGGGGCAGCAAGGAUUGGCUGUACUGCAUGCUUAUAGCUAUGUUAGCAACGAGAGGCUGAGCCAAGAACAACGGGCGGCAGAGAGAGGGCAGAGGGGCUCCAAAGGGACUUCUGUUUUCUAUGUCAAGAAGUACCUUUGGACUAGAAAAGAGAAGCAAAAUGAUCAAAAGGGAGUUGAAACCCAAGAUGGGUAGGGAGAUGGAAACAGGACCCUAGGCUUCCCACAGUGAGGCUGAGUCAUGCGGCCCAGGCAGGCUGCCUCUUAGGGUUCUGAAAGAAUUGGCCAAUGUUGGUCUUCUCAGAGAGCUUCUGGAGAACAUACCGUAUGUCCCCAUGUAUAAGACGCACCUUAAUUUUGGGGCCCAAAAUUUGAAAAAAAAAAAAGGUAUUACAUAAAGUUAGUGAAGUCCAGUUUUAUUCAUCUGCUCACAGUUUUCAGGCAUCUUUUGGGCAAGUCUGGUGCAUGUGCGCACACUUAGUCCAUUCCGUUUCAUGAACCCGAAGCACCAGUUGUGUCCUCCUUUGAAAUCAGUCACUUCUUUUUCAUCAGCAAUCCUUCUUGCCUCAUGCUGAACCAUAUUUGUGGGCACAGGAAUUCCAAUUGCCCUUUGCUCUUCAAUCCGUAUCUUCAAUUCCCUCUACAUCAGGCCAUUUUGCUGACUUGCCUCUCAUGGCCUUCUUCUGCCGUGGCGUUCUCAGUAGGGUUUCUUCUUCCUGUAGCCAGUCUCGGAUUGUUUUCUCAGCUGGAGGAGGACCAAACUUACAUUCAGCAGCACGACUUCCAUUCACUUUUGCAAACUGGAUCACUUUUAACUUGAAUUCAGCACUGUACGAAAAUCUUUUCUGAGCCAUUUCUGGACAGAAUGUGGCAAAACAUAACUUAAUAUACCGGUAACAAAAGCGAAACAAUGAGCACAAAGACAAGCACGAAAAAGCGGGAAAUGCAAGUAAAAAAAUCUGCAACCACUGUAUAAGACGCACCCAGUUUUUAGACCCCCAAUUUUUUUUUUUUUAAAAGGUGCAUCUUAUACAUGGGGAAAUACGGUACCUGGUAAAGGGAAAAGGGAAACUCUGGAUUUUUAAAAUGAGGAGCAGGGUAGAGCCUUCUUGGCAUUUAUUGUACAGGUGAGCAUUGGUCACUCAGAGCCUGAAGGAUUUUAUCAGAAACAGGUCAUAGUUCAGCAAACAUUAAGCACCCAGUUUGUGCAGGACACUGUGCUGGACCCUGGGGAUAAAAAGACAGCAAACCUGGCCCCUGCCCUCAAGGGACUGAUGUCUGUGUGGAGCCCAAGCACAGCUAAUGCAUACCAAGUACGUGGAGGAGCACAGUGACAUGACAGCUGGGAGCGAGGCGAGGCUUAAGUUUCAUGGAGAAGGGAAUGGACCUACCUUUGAAUGUAGCAUUGGGCAGAAGCCAGAGAGAUUGAUUUUGACUCGUGCUUCGUGAUGGGAGCUGGCGAAGAGUGCAGCAAGGUACCCUCCAAGGAGGUCUUCACUUGGACAUGGCUUGUCACAGAUGUUGUAGAGGAGAUUCUUGUUCAGGAAUCAGCUGGACAGGAUGACCCCUGUGGCCUCUUCCAGCAUGAGAUUGAAUGAACCCAGUUAUCAACAAGGCAAUAGUCUGUUUUCAAGGACUUGUGACUUUCAUUGGUGUGGGUACUCACCCCACAGAUGCAGCGUGCAACCCCUCUCUAACGUCAUUUCACAUAGUGACCUGAGGUACAGAGAAGUUAAGGGCAGGCCCCUGGGCACAUAGGUAGUGAUGUCAGCAUAGAACCCAGAUCUUCCAGACUCCCAAGUCCAGCACUGUGUCCUCUACAUUGCACUGCCUCUCCUGAUGUUUGCAAUAUUCUAAAUCAUCUGGUGAAUUCAGAGAGAUUCUCUAGCAUCAGGAAGAAAUGUAUUAUAAAGCUGUUUCUUAUUUGAAACGUUUUUAAGAUUGUAAUUUUUGUAAUAAACACAUAAUUAAAAACAUUUUAAAGUUU